GCGACAGUGCCAUCGGUGCCACCACUAAUACACAACUAUAAAAGUCGUCGAAUAGCAAUAAUAAAUAGGAAUAGUAAGAGAUUUGUGCAUUUAAUUCCGUUCGUUAGUUGCGUUCCAAUCGACCGCGGGCCCCAGUGAGCUAACUGCACUUGCACCCGAAGCGGAAGCUGGGCGAAAAGGUGUUUAACUUGGCGUGCGCAUUUCGACACCUUUGUCAACGCUGAUUCUUAUUUGGUGGACCGACGACCAGUGCACACACACACAGAAGCGCGUACACACACAGGCAGUCAGGCAUUCAGAAGUGUGUGGAAGGGGCAGACAAACAACGGUGCGAUAACAACAACAAUCGGCAGUGAUCGCGGCGAGAAAUGGAAAUGGCCAACAACAUGGUCGGCAACAACAGCAGCGGGAGCAGCAACAACACCACCUACGGCAACAGCUACAACAACAGCACGGUGGACAGUGGGCACAGCUCGCAGGGGGGCAGUGGCGGCGCCGAGGGGGCGGGAACGGGGGCGCGGCUGCGGGACGUUUGUACCAUCCUAAACGCAGGCGCCGCCGCUUACCAAAUCCCAACAGGUGGCUGUGCCUACGACCACAUCAUCGCCCUGAUGCGGAACCUCGACCUGCAGGACGACGGCAUUGUGCUCAACUCCAAGAUCAAGACCAUCGAGACGGACUACUGCAACAUUGUGCGCGACGAGUCGAUGCUGUGCGAAUCCAUGGAGUACCUCAAUGACAAGGCGCUUAGCGAUGGUGACACUGCGCUGAAGUUCGCCCUGCUGUUCUCCUCGCGAAACUUCGACGCCCUGGCGAUGAAGGAGACGAAGGUGCGAAGCGCAAUGCUAAAGAUCCUGGAGACGAACUUCCUUAACGCGGACACAUACCGAUUGCACGACAAGAACCGUCUGUACAACUCGAUCACGCUGCUGGGCGAGUACUACCAUAGGGUUCGGCUGGCGGAUAAUGCACCGAUCACCAUUCUGGGCGAAUCCCUUCUGGACCUUCUCACCCGAGAGCUGAACGACACGUCGGUGGUGCUGGGGACUCGGAUCGCCCGUCUGGUGCUGUCGCAGAUCACGCUGAACGGAGAGAUCAUGCGCAAACGCCACAAAGCGGAGAUCGAUUUGCUGCUAUUCCACGUUCGCCGCCAUUUGAUCAUGCAGCCAGCGCUGACCGCCAAGGUGAAGGCCAUGCUGCUGAUGGUGCUGGACCUCUUCUACAGCCACUUCAAGCACAUCGGACACGACUUGGAGGCCAUGUACACCAACUUCUUGGUUGUGGAGGAUGGCGAGGAGGAUGGGGUCAACAACAAUGGCGCCAGCCAUCCCUCUGAAGACGGCCGCCCGCAGCAGCAGCAGCUCCAGCAUCAGCAGUCGGAGAACGGCAGUAGUGCCAACACCUCUGCCCAGGACCAGGACUCCUUCGAUCCCCCGCCGACGACGAAGAAGUGGAGCGAACAGGUUUGCGAGGACUCCUUCUGCGACAUUGGCUACGGUGAGGCGGACCAGGGCGACGACAGGUACUCGGAAGCGGGGGGUCACUCAUAUCCUGCCAACAACUCUGCUGCACUUGGCCACCGACGUCGCGGAUUUCAACCGCGCCAAGUACCGCGGCCUCUAAAGCCGCAGCAGCCACAACAUCACCAGCAGCAUCCACAACCACCCAGCAUAGACGCCAACUCCGACCAGUAUCCAUCCAUGGCCAGCAGCGAGGAUCGGGACGAGAGCAAGCCGCUCCCUAGCUGGCGGAAGACACGCUUCAACCGCAAUCACGACGGCGACCAGACCAACGGACGGUCGCGCGACCAACAGCGGCGGUUCAGCGUAAGCUGCGACGAUGAUCACCACAGCGUGCGCAGCGAAGGCGGCGGGAACCUGCGACUUUACAGCAUCCACGACCGGAGGAAACACUCGCAGGAGCGGAUCGAGCGCAACAUGUCUGGCGGCGGCAACUACAACAGCAUCGUCAACUCGAAUUGGGAUCAGCGGGAUCGCGACGAUCGCAGCGAGCGCUCAUACAUUAGUAACUACGAGCGAGGUAACAACUACAAGCGGAGUGGACGGUUCAACAACCGCAACACCUACGACAAGCCGCCGCGAUUUCAGAAGCAACAACAACAGCAGCAGCAACAACAGAUGCAGCAGCAACAUCAGGGAGGCCAUCAAAAAAUACACAGCGAUACCUGGCGGCGCUCCAACAACGCCAUAAACGUUGGCUAUCAGGAUGAAAACUGUGCGUACAACUCCAACGGACCGGAGUCGAAUAGUCGCAGCUCCUCGAGGGCUCGCACUCUGCCAAGACCGCCAAAGUCUCAAAUGGACAAGACUGGCUAUAGGUAUAACCAGAGUCCCACACAUGGAGGAGGCGGUGGUCCGCGAUUCCCGCGCUACAGCAGCCAGAGCAGUUUGGCCAGCGAAGCGUCUAGCUCGUUUGAUCGCCGACAGCAGACUUCGCCGCAACAUCAGCAUCAGCGGCAUCGCCAUUUCACGCGCCGCUCCCAGCCAGACGUCCAUCAGCCGCAGGGCGAGGACAACUGGCAGGCUCAGGGUGGUCAGGGCCAGGAGCAGCUACCCUCGGGUAAGGAGGAGAGCGAGCUGGUGCGGAAUGCCCAGCAGACCACCAAGUACAUGAACUAUCUGUCAGCCCAAAAAUGAAACAGACAAAUAGGUCGUCGUUAGGGCAGCAAAAUACAUUUGUAAACUAGUUAAUAUAGUUUAUAGAGUCAUCCCCAGCCACUUCCGCAUAUACUAAAACUGUUUUCAAGUCUGUUUAGAAGUUUUUUCGUUGUCCCAUGAAUUGUAAGCCGUAAUUGUAUCCUAAUGGAGGUGUAUAUCCACGUAGACUGUUUUCGUCUUCAACUGAGCUCAAAUGUUUAACCAAUUCAGCCCAAUCACAAAUCAGAUCCAACUCAAAUUCAGGCUUAAUUAGCAAACGAAAUACAACACAUGCAUGCAUUAUACAUCGGAUCCGAUCAAUUUGUAAAUACCAAUAAUUAUAUAUAUAAAUGUCUUAUGUAGUCACACACCACAUAACACUCCCACACAAAACACAGUCACACACUCAUUUUUAUAUUUAUAUAUACAAACUGUUUAGAAACUAAGUACAAAGUCAAU